AUGAAUGACGAAUGUGAGGACUGUGUUGAAAGUGGGAAGAGUAGUUUGAGUUCGGCUAGUUAUUGUAAUAGCAUGGACGCCAAUGAGACUAGUUUUAGAAGCUUUUGUCCUUCAAAACCCCAUAAAGGUAACGAUAUACGGUGGGAUGCGAUACAGUCUGUGAAGGGUAAAGAUGGGGGCUUGGGAUUAGGCCAUUUUAGGCUUUUGAAGAAAUUGGGUUUUGGCGAUAUAGGAAGUGUCUAUUUGGCGGAGUUGAGAGGGGCAGGUUGUUUGUUUGCUAUGAAAGUGAUGGAUAAAGGGUUGUUAGCUGGGAGAAAGAAAUUGAUGAGAGCAAAGACUGAAAGGGAAAUCUUGGGUUUGUUGGAUCAUCCAUUUUUGCCUUCUCUGUACUCACAUUUUGAGACGGAGAAGUUUUCGUGUUUGCUUAUGGAGUUUUGCAGUGGUGGGGAUCUUCAUUUGCUAAGGCAGCGACGGCCGGGGAAGCAUUUCUCUGAACAAGCAGCCAGGUCCGUUCUUAAUUUUGAUGUUACAGUGUCGUUUUGUUAUGUUGGUUUGUUUAUUGCAUAUUUGAUAUGCAUUCACAAUUAA